AUGGAUUACUACGACAGUUGCUCCUCUGAUGAAGAGAAUCAAUGUAAGAAUAAUCCUAGGUUGACUGAUAUCCAUGUUGAUUCUAUUUUGUUUGAAGAAAGAAUAAACCAAAGUAAAGCUGAGACUUCAGAUGCAGACAAUGAAAUAACAGGUAGUACUAUUCAUAUUGAAACACAUAUGAGAGUCCUUAAGUCUUUUUCAACAAGUAUGAAUGAUUAUGCUGCUAGAGUUACAGCCAGUGAAUCUUCUCACCAGAGCAUAGAAGAUAUUUUUAUACUUACUAGAAAUAUCAGUCCUUUCAAGUCGAAGGCAGAAUUCAUUUUGCAUGCAUUAUUUCAUGGUGAUGAAGAUCUGGCUUCUGAAAUAUUGAUAAAGAAAAUAAUGUACACAAUGGAGAUGCUCUUGGAGCAUAUUAUGACAUGCCUUGAAAAAACGUCGCAACUCUCUGCACUGCCAGACUUUACAGAGAACCAGAGGCUGCACCUCAACCAAGGGAACAAAUAG